AUGGAACAUUUGGGAAAGUCAAAGGAGAUAGCAACCAAACGGUUCAUGGGCUUGGAGCGCCGUCUGACUGCAAAUCCAGAAAUGAAGGCCCUCUAUACUGAAUUCAUCCAGGAGUAUUUACUGAUGGGCCAUAUGCGAGAAGCACGUGAGGAGGAAGAACCUAUCCACAGCUAUUAUUUGCCACACCAUGCAGUUAUGAAACCGGGCAGUACGACAACGAAGCUCAGAGUUGUUUUUGACGCCUCAUGUGCUACAGAUUCUGGAGUUUCCCUGAACGACACACUGAUUGUAGAACCGGUGGUCCAAGACGAUUUGCUGUCAAUACUGCUUCGUAUCCGCCUCCAGAAAUACGCUAUAGUCGCUGACGUAGAGAGAAUGUAUCGAAUGAUCAACGUAGUCGAACAAGAUCAGCCAUUGCAAAGCAUUCUUUGGCGAGAGUCCGUCGAUCAGCCAAUUCGAAUGUAUCAGUUAAGUACAGUGACUUACGGCACUUCGUCAGCGCUGUACUUAGCAACUCGAAGUCUGAAGAAGUGUGCCGAAGAAGGAGAACAGGCGUAUCCUGCUGCAGCCAAGGUCGUAAAGCGCAAUUUCUAUGUCGAUGACAUGCUAACUGGUGCGAAAUCUGUCAAGGAAGGACAAAGCCUGUGUCGCGAUGUUUCGUCGCUACUCAGUUCUGCUGGUUUCAAUCUCCGGAAGUGGCACCCUAAUCAGCCAGCAAUCUUAAAGAUAAUUCCAAGAUAUUUGCGAGACAAGCGAGAAGUUUUAGACAUCGAUUCGUCGUCUACCGUGAAGACCCUUGGACUAUGUUGGGAGCCAGCUACAGAUAAGUUCUGGUUCAAAAUGCCACUCUGGAAGCAGUCGUUACCUAUUACGCAACGUAUCGUUCUUUCUGACUUCGCUCGUUUGUUCGAUCCGUACGAAUUAGCAGGGCCAGUGAUUAUGCAGGCGAAGAUGUUUCUCUGA